CUCCCCAAGACAAAGCAAUUGAUGAGCCGGUGAUUCUCUAGUGCCCGAUUCAAUCUGUUGCCUUGGCUUGGCUGGGUCUCGAUCUAUCGAGAGCAACCUGGGCCUCGCUCAAGUACAGUUUGCUCGUUGCAAGGGGUGGGGGACUGCAAAACAAGAAAAUAAUAGGGAAGAUUAGAUCAUCAAACCAGUAGUUAAUCUCACUGCGGGUGCAUGAGAUAACAAUGGCAACAAUUAACAAAUCGUAUUUCUUUCUCUGCUUCUUUUUCUUGUCCUUUGCUCUAGUUAUUGCCAGCGGAACUCAUCAACAGGAAGUACAGUUAGAUGCCUACUGGAAACAACGAGCCGAAGAAGCCGAAAAAGUGGCCAUGCAAUCUUUUCAAACAGAUCCUGAGCUAGUCACCGAGGAGUUCAAUUCUAAUGUUGGCGAGCUUUUGAUGAAGCUAAAUGGCACAAGAAGGAACUUGAGGGGCGUCAAGAAGUACAAUGGUCCAUGCAUGGCCACCAACCCAAUUGAUGCAUGCUGGAGGUGUGACAAAAACUGGGCCAAGAACCGCAAGAGGCUCGCCAACUGCGUCCAAGGCUUCGGCAGAAAGACCACCGGCGGCAAGGGCGGCCCUAUUUAUGUGGUGACUGACCCCUCUGACUUGGACUUGGUAAACCCUAAACCUGGAACCCUGCGUCACGCAGUGAUUCAGAAAGGGCCUCUUUGGAUCAUCUUUGCACGCAGCAUGGUGAUUAGGCUGCAGCAAGAGCUGAUUGUGACUAGUGACAAGACCAUUGAUGGUAGGGGAGCCAACGUUAACAUACACGACGGCGCUGGCAUUACCCUCCAGUUUGUGAAGAAUGUGAUCAUCACCAACCUUCACAUCAAAAGAAUUGUGCCGAAAGGAGGUGGCAUGAUCAGAGACUCCGUCGACCAUUUGGGCCAGAGGACCAGGAGUGAUGGCGAUGGCAUCUCCAUCUUUGGCUCCUCCAACGUUUGGAUUGACCACGUUUCCAUGGAAAAUUGCGCAGAUGGGCUCAUAGACGCUAUCAUGGGUUCCACAGCUAUCACCAUCUCCAACUCCCACUUCACUCACCACAAUGACGUGAUGUUGUUCGGUGCCAGCAACAGCUACACUCAAGACAAGAUCAUGCAAAUCACGGUAGCCUUCAACCACUUUGGUCAGGGAUUGGUGCAGAGGAUGCCAAGGUGCCGGCACGGAUUCUUCCAUGUGGUGAACAACGACUACACCCACUGGCUCAUGUAUGCCAUCGGCGGCAGCAUGAACCCUACCAUUAUCAGCCAGGGUAACAGGUUCAUUGCUCCUCCAAAUCAAGGCGCCAAAGAGGUGACCAAGAGGGACCACACACCAGAGGCAGAGUGGAAGAAAUGGGAAUGGAGAUCAGAGGGAGAUUUGAUGAUGAAUGGAGCAAUCUUUGUUCAAUCUGGAUCCGGAAAGAGCAAUCACCCAGCAAAGAUGGAUUUGAUGCCCUUCAAGCCGGGAACCUAUGUCGCAGAGCUCACAAAGUUUGCCGGUGCUCUUGACUGCUUUGUUGGCAAACCUUGCUAGGCAUUUUUCCCCUUUUUUUCUGCCACCAUGGACUUGUUUUUUUGUUUGCAAACUCAAAUAGUACAAAACGGCCCAAUCCGUAUGUAUUUGUAAUUGAGGGUAGAAGAAGAUUACUUAGGCCGUGUGUGCGUGAGGGUGGAAAUCAAAUGUUGCCAAUGUUUUUGCUGUCCUUGUUA